AUGCUGUCGCGUCUAGCAAGUAGGAUAACACUAAUACAAAACAAUAGAGUUGCAACAAGGUCAUUAUCUACACAUACAUACUUCAACAAUAACAACAACAUAUAUUACAAUCGACGAACAAUGAGUACUUCAUCAACAACUUCAACAUCUUCAACAUCUUCAACAUCUUCAUCAACAGCACCUCAACAACCACCAAAGGGUGGCGCACCUCCAGGUAAAGGAGGUGGAGGAGGAGGUGGAGGCAAGAAGGGAAACAACAAGAAGGCGGAUGAUGGAUGUUGUACACCAAAGCCAAAGUCAAAGCAACAGACUGUUGAACCUUCAAAGUACAAGUACUCGACACCUGCUGUAGUGGACAUGCCCGACGAUGCAAAGUACGUCGACUCUCACGUCCACGUCGACCAGAUUCUGAUACGUAUGAACAUGACACUGGACCAAUUCCCGCAGUUUGCCGCGGCCAACUUCCCGCCACAGUUUGAAGCCUGUGUGCAGGUGUGCUGCGACCCGAUCGCCCUCGACUACACCGACAUGCUAGUGGGAUUCGCGCCAAUCUACGCAGCGUACGGCGUGCAUCCACACAAUGCCAAAGACUACACCGACGACAUUGAGCAGAAGCUGAUCGAGCGCAUGAAGCAUCCAAAGACAGUGGCCUGGGGAGAAAUGGGCCUGGACUACUUCUACAACAAGUCGGUGCGUGACGUGCAGCUGGAAGCCUUCCGUCGCCAGCUGAUCGCCGCCGUCAAGUGCAACAAGCCACUGGUCAUCCACAGUCGCGAGGCAGAGGCCGACACGCUACAGCUGCUCAAGGAGAACGUGCCCAAGGACUGGAAGAUCCACAUCCACUGCUUCACAUCCGACGCCAACUUUGCCAUCCAGCUGCUGGAGCACUUCCCCAACCUGUACAUUGGCUUCACCGGCUGCAUCACAUUCAAGAACAGUGAGUCCAUCCGCGACUCGCUGUCUAUCGUCCCCAUCGACCGACUGCUGCUCGAGACUGACGGCCCCUACAUGACACCUGAGCCCUUCCGUGGCAAGAUCGCACACUCUGGACACAUACCAAUGGUUGCCAACAUUGUUGCCGCUGUCAAAGAAAUGCCUUUAGAUGAAGUAUUGACUCAAUGUCGUAUCAACACAACGAUGGUAUAUGGUAUU